AUGAUUGCAAAACUUUUACAUGACCUAGCAAACGGUUAUCCUCUUGUCAUUGAAUGUGUGUCGAAAGCUGUGCGGAAAGACAAGACACAUACGCGGUAUGACGAUCAAAGUCGAACAUUGAAAAGGACAAACACCUCGACAGUAAAGCGAUUACGCUUUCCUUCAUUGAAAAAUCCAAAAAGUUUUGCCGUCUUUGUGCGAAUUCUCGAGAUCUGUCACGAGUUGCUAAUACAAAAUAUUACCGCAACCAAGCGUGAUAUUUACUACAAGGACGUUCAGCUAUUCGUGAAUCAAAAUACAGUAGAUCAAGCAAUAGAUGAACUGGCGUGUCUUUUUCGCGUACCAAGAUCUUGUCUGAAUGUGAUAGCCUCAGCGAAAGGGCUAGUUGCCGGUGCACUAACGAUUAUUCGGUCAGAUGGUGUCACUAUCGAUUGUCUGAUUCCGAGGGCAAUUCCUCAUGCCGAUAGUAUUCGCAAAAUCGAAUCGACCGCUGAUAUCGUAAUCGUCGUAGAGAAAGAGGUUGCCACGUUCCAUCACCUCCUUUCCAUAAAUUUUCUUAACAAGAUUAAUUCAUGUAUCCUCAUCACUGGCAAAGGCUAUCCUGAUAUAGCUACCAGACAGUUGGUUAAGUUGCUUGACAAUCACUUUAAACGUCGCGGCAAUGCGUCAAAAUCACCGAAUUCUACUUGUGUUUUUGGAUUCUUUGAUAAUGAUCCAUAUGGAAUCGAUAUACUAUGUGUUUACAAAUACGGAUCGACGUCAAUGUCAUUCGAUAGUCAAAAUCUCGCAACUCCCGAUAUGCAAUGGAUAGGAUUACACUGUAGAGACUGGAGAACAUUUGUAGCGUUGGAUAAACUACUACCAAUGACUUUUGCUGAUAGGAAGAAGGCACUUGGUCUCCUCAGUCGCGAGUAUUUACCAAAUUCAUGGAUGACCGAAAUUUGUCGUAUGCUAUUCGUUGGCAAAAAAGCAGAACUACAAUGUUUAGGUGAUAAAGAUGCGGGAGACGUUACAGACUAUUUGGCAACGAAAUUGAAGAAUCCUAAGGCAUGGUUAUAA